AUGCAUGAGCGACUCCCCGAAUGGGAUGUUCUCUCUCUCCGUUCUUCCGGCCAGCGUGUUCCGGUCAUCAAGUGCGACCUCCUAGAAGUGCUUUAUCUCAAUGACAAUAACAUCAGGAGUGUGAAGUUCGACGGAUGGGAGACUCCCAAUUUGAGGGAACUCUACCUCUACAAUAAUUUGUUUUCCUCUGCCCCAGUCUUCAAGAGCAACAGCCUUGAAAUACUUUAUCUCAAUAGCAAUUUAAUCAAGAAAUUGGAGUUCGCCAGAUGGGCGACUCCCAAUUUGAGGGAACUCUAUCUCCACAAGAAUGCCUUGACCUAUGUCCCGGCCAUCAAGAGCGACAGCCUAGAAAUACUCUAUCUCAAUAGCAAUUCCAUCAAGAGAUUGGAGUUCGCCAGAUGGGUGACUCCCAAAUUGAGGGAACUCGUUUUCAACAGCAAUUUAUUGACCUAUGUCCCGGCCAUCAAGAGCGACAGCCUAGAAAUACUCAAUCUUAGCGAAAAUAAUAUCACGAGUGUGGAGCUCGACGAAUGGGCGACUCCUAAAUUGAGGGAACUCUAUCUCCACAAAAAUUUGUUGACCUCUUUCCUGGCCUUUAAGAUCGACAGUCUAGAAAUACUCUACCUCAAUGACAAUAAGAUAACGAGUGUGGCGUUCGACGGAUGGGCGACCCCCAAAUUGAGGGAACUCUUUCUCAGCAAAAAUUUGUUGACCUCUGUCCCAGUCAUCAAGAGCGACAGCCUAAAAAUACUCAACCUCAAAGACAAUAAGAUAACGAGGGUGGCGUUCGAGGGAUGGGCGGCUCCCAAAUUGAGGGAACUCCAUCUCAGCCACAAUUCAUUGACUUCUCUCCCAGUCUUCUAUGGCGACAGCCGGGUCGACGGAUUUUCGGCUUCCAUUUUAAAGGAAAGCAAUCACAAUCCCAUCCAGUGUGACUGUGAUUUAGCCUGGUUGGCAUUUGCUCCUGAAUUGAUGAACAAAAUGAGCGGGACAUGUGGAAAUGGGACCAAUUUAAAAGAUCCUGAUCUGACAAGUUCACUAAGAAAAUGUCCUAGCGAGGAGAUGACAAGACCAAGCCGUCCUCAGCGUCCCAACGGUUUAGCAAAAGUGAGCGAGUGUGGACCCCUUCCCGGCAUCCUACACGGACGCUUCGAUUUCCUCUCUUGCUCUAAUCAUGGACAGAGUGAACGAAAUGAAACAGAAUGCAUUCAAGGUGGAAAAUACCCUCAAGGAAGUAAAAUGAACUACACCUGUGAUGGCUAUUAUAUUCUAAGGGGUCCACGUGUUCGGACAUGUGGAGCGAAUGGAGAAUGGACGGGCCCUGACCCGUUCUGUGAGCCUGAGUGUGGCCGAAUGGAAAAACUAAUUGCAUCGCCUCAGAAAUUGGUUCGAGGAGGGGAGGAAGCAGAACUUGGGGCGUGGCCUUGGCAAGCUGCCAUCUAUGACGUGCAGUUCAAGGAUGUCAUUUGCGGAGGAGCCUUGAUUGGAAAACGAUGGGUUCUCACGGCGGCACAUUGCGUCAUGAACCCAGAAAAUAUAUCUGCAGUUCAAGAUGUGAACAAUGUAUUCGUCUAUCUCGGCAUGCACUAUCGAGAUGUGUCCAUGAACGAUGAAGUCGUGCAAAAGAUGAAGGUAACUCAGAUCAUCCCGAAGGCGGAAUUCACAGGCUUGGAAUCGGACAUCGCCCUGAUAAAACUCGAAGAUUCAGCUAAUCUGACGGAACGUGUUCAGUUGAUCUGUCUACCUUCCAAUGAGAACCUGUCUGAUGAAAUUUUAGAUGGUGCUCAAGAUAAAUAUGGCCGUCCUGACCGAGGAUGGGUGGCAGGUUGGGGAAGAGACGCCUCAAACCAAGCAACAGAUGUCUUGACAGAGGUGCAACUGGAAGUCAUACCAAGGCCUGAAUGCCGAAUGGAAAUCAACAUAAGGGCAGACAAGCACCCUACUUCCAUCACCACGAAAACAUUUUGUGCAGGAAAACGCUACAAUGCUUCCUCGUUCGUGUAUGAGGAUGCGAAAGAACACAAGACAGUGUGCCCAGGGGAUUCGGGGAGUCCCAUGGUCUUCGCCUCCCAUAGCCUUCUCAAAAGUCAAUGGGUGGUCGAAGGAAUCGUCAAUCAUAUCUAUACAAAGGCGGGACGGGAUUGCUCCAAUUAUGAACCUGGCGAGUAUGGAGUAUUCGCUCGAUUGGCUGCCAUGGCUCCGAUCGAACGAGCAACUCUUCGCCCCAUCGUCUACUACGAGUUCCUCCAAGGACACUCUGCGAGAGCCGCCGCGGACAACAUCUGCGCUGCAUUCAAAGGCAACGUCGUCCACUAUUCCACGGUGUCUCGAUGGUUCAAACGCUUCGAAUCUGGCGACACGACCUUCGGAGAUCGACCACGCUCAGGACCUCCAUCUACAGUCGAUGACUUAGCCCUGCGGAACGCGAAGCCGAACGCCACCACUCGCGAAUCGGCGACUACAUUUGGAGUUUGUUGACUGGAUCGAGGAGAGCAUGUGGUUGAACUCAUAAACAAAUGAGUGAAUGCCCAUACCCUCCCAAUCAGGGCUCCUAUUCCCAUUUUCAGGU